UUCACAAUAAACCUUAAUUACUUCAAAUAGGAAGUAAUAAGGAAACAACACAAAAAUGGGUUCAAGAAAGUACACACACCUCAUUGUUUUCGCAGCCAUCAUUCUGGUGUUGGAGAUCUGGGCUUGUUGCGAAGCCACAGCACGGUGGCGCUUAGACGACGACGACGAAAUGGUGAAGAGGUACGAGCAGUGGAUAGUCGAGUAUGGACGAGUUUAUGCAAAUGAGACGGAGAAGGUUAAGCGGUUCGAUAUAUUCAAAGAAAAUGUGAAUUUUAUCGACUCUUUUAAUCAGGCCGGGAACGAAACUUUUACCGUGGGAAUCAACGAGUUUGCAGAUUUAACCAAUGAUGAAUUUAAAUCUUCAAGAAUGGGGUACAAGAACCCACCCUAUUAUGAGAAUACGCCAUUUAUGUACGAGAACGUGACCGAAAUUCCAGCCGACAUGGAUUGGGUAAAAAAGGGAGCCGUGACUCCUGUCAAAAAUCAGAAACAAUGUGGAUGCUGUUGGGCAUUUUCUGCUGUGGCUGCAAUAGAGGGAAUCAAACAGAUUCGAGCAGGAAUAUUGUCAUCUUUAUCGGAGCAACAACUGUUAGACUGCGACAUCAUAAGCCUGGGCUGCCAUGGCGGCUGGAUCGGCGCCGGAUUCCUCUACGUCCUCUUCAACGGCGGCAUAACCACCGAAUCCAAUUACCCAUACGCCAUGAAGAAGGGAUUCUGCCAACGAAGCAAGGCAGCCCAAAUCGAGGCCAAAAUCAAGGGGUUUCAGUGGGUUCCCAGAUUCCGCGAGUCGGAGCUUAUGAAGGCGGUGGCCAACCAGCCGGUGUCGGCGGCCAUCGACGCUUCUGGAAUGGCGUUUCAGUUCUAUAAAGGAGGAAUUUACGGCAAGGAUAAGUGUACGACGACGGUGAACCAUGCUAUCACGGUGGUGGGAUACGGGGAGUCCGACGGCCGGAAGUUCUGGCUGAUAAAGAACUCGUGGGGGGAAGGGUGGGGAGAGAAUGGAUACUUAAAGUUGAUUAAGGAUUCCGGUGAUGCCAAAGGAGCUUGUGGAAUUGCCACCAAACCUUCUUUUCCAGUUGCAUAGAACAAGAUAUAUAUGGGAGAAGAAGAAGAAGAAGAUAUAUAUGCUUAUGAUUAUUACAAAUUACUAUAAUUACUUGUAUUAUUUAUCUAUCUUGUUUAAUUACGUAAAAUUCGAAAUCAAAGGAAUAAAAUAUUUCAACUUAGUAUAUU